GGUCCCAGGCCGAUUUUUUUUUAAUAGAACGAAGUUGAAAAACACGGCCUGGUAUUGAUUGUAUCUGGGCGUGGCAGGAACAGGAAACAAAAGCAGAGAUUCUUUACAUUUUGUUUCCUGCUUUUUUUCUGUAAUACUAAAGGUGUACGUAGAGGCAUUUUACUCCCGUAAAAGUUACAGUAAUUUAGCUCCGUGUCAUGUUCUCAAUUUAUAGCUAGCUAGCUAUGGCAUGCAACACAUUGUCUUGUUUGAAGCAAGAUGGCCUCACUCUCAUGGCAGAACAGGCCCAGGCUCUCAAGCUCCUGUUUGAGGGAAGGGACGUGUUUAUCUGGUUCCCAACAGGGUAUGGCAAGUCUCUCUGCUAUAUCAGUUGCUACCCUUUUUAAUGGACUACAAGCUAGGUAGGACCAAGGCUCCUCCUGUUGACAAAAGUGUUGUUCUUGUUAAUUGUCUCUCCCCUUGUAUCUCUCAUCAUGAGACUCAUGAUUGACCAGAUCAGGAGUCUAAACAAUAGAGGUGUUUCUGCUGCCAUCCUCAGUAGCAAUAAAGGAAUCGACAAAGAUUUGGUUGCCACUGCCAAAGAAGUGUCUUCUGGGAAGUAUUUCCUGCUGUAUACUGCCCCAGAGGCUGUUGUUGAAGACCACUGUUGGAGGAUUCAUUUUUUGUUGUACCACAAGUCAAUUUGUUUUUAUGUAUUAAAAAACCACGCCCAGAUCACGCCCAAAUACAAUCAAUACCAGGCCUAGUAGGCGACCUAGCGUUCAAUUGGAGACGGAUCGGCCUGGGGUCGAGGCUACAGCUAACGCUGCUUUGCCUGCAAAUAGUGCUCACUAGUUAGAGUUGUGCCAAGAAGUAUUGUUUAGUGCUGGUAGUUUCAGUACUUAGUAAGCGUGCAAAGACGGAGAUAAAUGUCUCACUGACGAUAAUUGAUCAAUUCGGCAGCUCACUUCUCAUGACCACCACUCCGUCCGCAAGCGAGUUAUUCUUUCCAAAUUUUUGGGAGCUGUUACUUUCUUACUCAUCUGUAGGUCCAUGUAGUUAGUUUUGUGCAAAAUCCUCUUGUGCUUUGAGCAAUAGCCGCCGAUUAUAGGUAUCUGGCGAAGAUUGGUUACUUACUCUAUAGUAAAAUAAUGAUGCCAGAAGCAAUGAGCGAUUUUAAGCGUAUUCAUGAGAUUAUUUAUUACUUGCUAUACUGGGUAGAUCUACAUGUACAAGAGAUCAAUUGCAAUCGUCAAUCUGCUGAAACUCAGUGAGUGAAAGAGAAUGAGCUCUGUCUCUGUAUAUGUAAGUUUACAUAAACUUUACAUUUCAAAGACUUUGCUCGUUUUGCAGGUUUUCUUGGCCCUGCUGUUAGGCCUUCAUCAAAAAGGCACAGAGGCUGCAAGCAGUUUAGAAGUCAGUAGCGGUGGUGGCAAUGUGACUGAUCAGUUCCUCCAAGUGUGUCCAAACACUAUCGUCAGCCUCACCUGUUCUCAUGAUGGGGUCGACCUGACUCGUUGGAGGGUCACUCCUCCUCUACCAAUGGACUGCGAUACUGUUAUUACUCGCACAGCCUCCCCAAAUAGCGAAGGUUUAUGUGGAUCAUUCACUAUUAGUAUGAUCAGCUCACGCACCGAGCAAACAAGGAGGUCUACUAUUGAAUUAUUAAUCACUGAGUCGCUGGAUGGUGCUGUAGUGACUUGUUUUGCUGGAGCGUCUAGUACACCCAACCUUCAAGUUAGGAACUUGACUAUUCAAAUUAAUAUAGGCCCUCCUUCCACUCCAACUAUUGACGGUAUGGAGUAUUCAGUGGUCGACUCACCUACCGGACAAUUCAGAUUCUUGGCAAGCAGUAGCGGAACAUUUAGGACAGGGGUCAUUAUUUCUGCCAGUGUAGUCGGAGGCAGUGGCUCAGUGGUUGUUACUGACAACAAUAUUAUUGUGAUUGGACUGAGCUACACCGGGUCUCACACAGUCAGUAUUGUGGCUACCAGUGCUGUGUGUCCAGGAGUGCUGAACAGCAGCGUCACUGUUGUUUCUGUGGUGUUUAACAUAAGAACCCCUGUACUGACUCAACCCACUGGAUCCGUUGACUGUUCUAAUCCAUCGCUGCCAAUCAGUGGAUCAUGGAGUGUGGUGGAAGGCGUUCAGAGCAGCAAUAACUCGGCAGUUCAGUUAGCUCCUCCCCCAAUUGGUACACCAACCAUAACCUUUACUUCUUCAGCAAGGGGUCUCAGUGGCAGUGCAGUCUUUGUUCCUGAUUCAUCCUACCAGCUCACAGACACAGUGGAGAAUGAUGUGUUCACUUUCACUGUGACUGUGACUAAUGCGGCUGGAUCAAGCAGUGAAAUGUCUGCUGCAGUUGAGGUUACCCCGUUCAUCGUUGAUGAGAGUACGCUGGAAACAAUGAAUUGCCUCACAUUCUCUCUCAGUCAAAACUGUGCCUCUGAGCAGAGUGGAAACUUUGUCAUCAAGUUUGAACAAAGAAAUGGUGUUUGUCGAGACUUGGUUCUAUCAGAUUUCAGCACAUCCACCAUACAACUGAUGCCUCAGUCGGCUUGCGCAUACGUGGCUUCAUCCACUAACCUGUGUUAUCGUGCAACUCUGAUGUAUAAUGGAAUAAUAACUGACACUCAGACUAAUCUCAACUUUGCUGCGUGUCCUAUAAGUGUUCUUAAUUCUUUCCUGGCAGAUGGUGUUUCCUACCAGCUUGACGGAGAAGUCACUAGCGGCAACGUGUCUCACCGUACAACUGCUACUUUAAGCUGUACUGAAACUUUUGCUUCAGUAUCUGGAGCAGCUGUGGUGACAUGUGUUGACGGUCAGUGGAACAACAUGGGCAUACAGUGGUGUUCUAGAUCAUGUGCAGAAACUACUGCCAUAUCUGUAAUCGUGACUUUCCUGCUGACCCUGGCUCUAGGAAUCUCCAUUGGUGUCCUCUUUGUGUUAGCAGUGAACAAGUACAGGAAGUCUGAGAAGGUGACUCUGCAAACUGAAACUGAAAUGGGACAACCACCAGUCGCAAUAUACGAGGACCUGGAUGUCGUUAAACCUGACCCUCGUACUCAGGGAAACCUUGCUUAUGGACAUGUACAUGCAGUUAGUUAGUUUCGAAUAAAACAGUGAGUCACCGUCAGUAUGUUAAAAUUUAAAUAUCGUUUUUAGUCAUAGGACCAGUGUAGUAAUGUGCAUAGUGUUUACUUUUAGUUGUGUUAAUUAACUCAUGUCCUGUGGUUAACUUUAUUUCCUGUAUUGUACUUUUCUGUUAUUGUGGUUUCUGUUCGUUAGUAGGUUCUUUCUGUAUAGUUGUUCUUUGUUCCCUUUGUGCCUAGCUAUAGGGGCCCGCUCCAGGUGGCUCUUUGUGUAUGGGAGCCUCUGCUCCACUGCCUUUUGUCUUGUACAUACUUAUACCUUUGUUCUUGUACAUUUUAUCAGUUGUUGAAUACGAUUUCACUAAACUCAAAUGUCUGCAUGAACCUGCGACAUAACAAUUGGCGACGAGGAUUACAACGGCAACCAAACCAAGUACUACCCCAUGGCUCAUCUCUCAAUCGGCACUAUUGGCUCCUUCCAACCCAGCACGGAGGAUUGGAAAGCGUAUAUAGAGCGACUUCAACUCUUUUUUUGUCGCUAACGGCAUUGAUGACGCAGACAUACGUCGUGCAACUCUCCUCACUGUGUGCGGACCGUCAACGUAUGGACUCGUCCGUGAUCUACUUGCUCCCGCAGCUCCUACCGAAAAAACAUUCGAAGAACUUGUUGUUCUGGUUCAGGAACACCAGCAGCCUACACCCUCACCCAUCGUCGAGAGGUACACCUUCUUUACAAGAGUACAACACUCAGGAGAAACGAUCAAUGACUAUGUGGCCCAGCUCCGCAAGAUUGCUAAACACUGCCAGUUUGGCAAAACCCUCAACGACAUGCUCCGAGACCGCAUUGUUUGUGGAUGUCGAGACAAGAAGCUCCAGUACAAGCUUUUGGCUGACCCUGCACUCACCUUUGACAGCGCUCUGGCUGUUGCAAAGGCAUCUGAACUAGCUGAUCGUGGCACCAGAAAUCUCUCUGGACAGGACGCGUCUGUAAACCGUCUAUUGGACAACCGUCGACGCAAGCCUCCACCCCCUCGGGAGAAACCUCCCUCAA